CCCAGUGAGCAGACGACGAGGGUCCACGCAAGAUGAAGCUGUUUCUGGCUCUUUUGUUGGUUGCUGUAGCUGGUGUGGAGUUCGCCAAAGCCUUGCGAUGCUACACUUGCUAUGAACCUACCAACAGUGUGAAUUGCCUGAAGGUCCAAAACUGCGCUAAGAAUGAAACCAUGUGCAAGACAACCAUGUAUUCCCUGGAGGAAGUGUAUCCCUUUGUGGGAGUCUCGACUGUCACCAGGAUGUGUGCUUCCGUCUGCAUCCCAUCUGACGUGGACGGGAUCGGCAUGACGCGUCCUGUCUCCUGCUGUUAUUCUGACUUGUGCAACACUGAUGGUGCAGCCAGUUUGAGGAUAGGCUUUGUAGAGGUUGGGACACUGGCAGGUUCCCUUUGUGUCCUCUUCUGGACUAGACUGUGAGGAGCUUUGGGGGAGCUCUUUCCUACUGAGGAACCCACCUAAGAGGAGAAAUAACCUUUGCCAGCCCACCUUUCCAUUUGGGUGCCUCACAGAAAACCUUCAAUGGCUCCCAGAAAUCGAUUUUCAGUACCUGCCCUCCUGCCAUGACCAAGAGAGAAGCAAAGCUCAAGAAGUCCUUACUAAUUGUUUGAGUUACUAAAUUGGGUUGACUUGCCCACAGCUCCCACAAAACUUACUCUGGAAUUCCUUUGUUGUGCUGGCCUGUCUGGUUUUGAACUUAAAAUUCUGCUGUACAGAGUAUAUUUAAAGUAAAAAUCCUGGAGCUAAGAGCCUUCCAUACCACCUUAGACCACUUUUUCCCCCAGGUGUUGGCCAACAGAAUAGCUGAAUUGACCGAUCUUCUCAGUUGAAAUUCAUUUUUUAUGUGAUGGAUCCUCUCCACCCCACAGUUUUGUUUUGAGCCUUUGUGCUGUCUAAAUUUCCCUCUUAGUGCAUAAGAAGUUAAGGAGAUACCUCUCUGCUUCCAAAAUAUGAGGCAGGAGACUAAACUUCCCACACCAGUGAUUUGAUCCAAGGAGGCCGAACUCUCUUUUGUUUUCUGUAUUCUUUUGACUGGAAUAAAAACAAUGUUUAAUUAA